GCCCGGGGCUGGGGGCAGCCCUGAGCGCACAAAGACACUAGCCCGGCGAGCUCGGGUCAGGCCUCGAGGCCGCUGCCACCAACCAGUGCCGGAGAAACCCGCCCUCGAGCAGCGGCGAUGGCGACCCCUCCUCAGAGUCAGCCAACGCCGCGGCCAGGGGAGGGUUAAGCAAAGCAUUAAUCUUGUGGCUGUUCCAGCAGCCGCGGAGGGAUACGGAGCUGAAGCUUUGAACGUGGUGCUGCGGCUUCGCAAGCAAAAAAAUGUCUGCAUAGGGGAGUCCACAAGUUCCUUCCAGCGGGGGGCGGGGGUGGGCCGGCUCUGCCUCCCACUCAGCGGCCCGGCCGCUCGCGAGCGCGGCCCUGCUGGGUUCGGACGUCACCGCGGGGAAGGAGGACUUAAUUGAAGUGGAUGAAGAUGAAUCCUCAGCAGCAGCGGAUGGCCGCUAUAGGAACCGACAAGGAACUGAGUGACCUGCUGGAUUUCAGUGCGAUGUUUUCCCCACCUGUUAAUAGUGGGAAAACCAGACCAACUACAUUAGGAAGCAGUCAGUUCAGUGGAUCAGAUGCAGCUGUUUACUUUUAGGUAACUUAAGUGCCCUCUGAAUUGUCGUCAAAUACGGCUUCGUAGCUUGCAUUCCUGCGAGUGAAAAUUGGUACGUAUGUGACAGAAUGUGUCUUGUGCUGCAAGGAGGAAUCAGAGUUUGAACAUCUUUCAUGUAUGUGUCAUAGGCCGCCUCUGACUUUGGUUACUGAAGAACAUGCUGUUGCCAUAGCAAUGAAGGUCCUUUGACGGCAGAAUUCUUGGCAGAGCUGUUGCGUCUCCUGAAGUGCUUGGUAUGGAUGAACGAACAGGAGCUUCAUCUUGGGGAUCAAGUGGUCAACCAAGUCCCUCGUACGAGCCUUCAAGGGAAAAUGGCAGUCUCCAUGGAAAAAGCUCAGACAUCUCCACAGCCAUAGAAAAGUUGAAACCUCAAGAGGGUUUUGCAGACAGCCCUCAUUAUGGUGAUCACUUGAAUGACAGUCGAUUAGGGCCCCAUGAAGGAUUGUCCCCGACACCUUUCAUGAACUCAAAUCUGAUGGAUCCACCUAUCUGGACCAGUGGACUGUUACACUUCAGCAGUUCCAUGUGGCAUGCAGGCAAUCGCACUUUGGGAUUUUCAUGUCUCUGUUUGGUUUCCUUUUUUCCUUUACUGUUGUAGAUAAGCCCCAUGUCACAUUGCAGUGGAGAUGUUU